CGCCUCUCCGGCCGUAACACAACGCUAAACAGCAAUUCCCUGGAACUGCCACUGGACUCCGCCUAAAUUGCGCCCGUUUCGUCGCCGGCAAUAGCACUGAGAGUCUGAGACUGGCAGCUUGAUAUCGAUCAUAUGCUGCAGCCCGAAAACAUAUUUGAGUCUCUAUAGUCUCGUCUCUCUUUUCUUUACCACGUCAAAGUCAGAUUGAGGGUUCGGCGAGGAGGAGGAGAUCAUCGCGACUCGGUCCCGGAUUUGAGCCAUGUCGUCCGCUGCCACCGUGAUGAGGAUGAGGAUGGGGAUGGGGAUGGGGAUGGGGAUGGGGAUGGGGAUGAGAAUGAAAAGUUCGAUUUUCACCACUCCAAGCUUAUCGACAGUGCGGGUGAUGAGAGGAAUGCGCAGUUUUGUUCUUGCUCACCACCACCAACCGCCACCUUCACUCUGCAAAGAUCUCGACCAGGGCCGCACCUCCCGCCGCAGCAUCUCCAGCUCCUCUCCACGACGACUGGAAAAUAUCAAUCUGAAAGAACUCGAGCGAUUGACAAAAGAAGCUGAAGAACGGCUAAAGCAAUAUGAGGAGCCACUCAAGAGGACCACCCCAUUGCACAUGUCGAUUGCCGAGUGCCUUCGGUGGGAGCCAGAAUCGGAGGAGGACAAUGUGGUGGUCCAGGGCUACGUCCGGUCCGUCCGGGGCAUGAAAACCCACCGCUUCGUUUCUCUCGGCGACGGGUCCUCGCUGGCUCCUCUGCAGGCCGUUGUCCCCGUCGACACCAACCAGGCCGAAGGCCUGGCCAUCGGUGCUGCUGUCCGUCUCACUGGCAAAUGGGUCCCCUCGCCUGGCGCGUCCCAGUCUCACGAAAUGCAAGUCACCCAGGUCGACAUCCUGGGCCCAUCCGACGCAAAGACGUUUCCCAUCCAAAAGAAAUAUCAGACACCAGAGUACCUCCGCACAAUCCCCCACUUGCGGCCGAGGACCCCCAUCAAUGCUGCCUUGCUGAGAAUGCGCUCUGAGGCGGUCGCGGCCUUGACUCGGUUUUUUGCCGAGAACCACUUUACCCAAACACAUCCGCCCAUCCUCACUUCGUCAGAUUGCGAAGGUGCCGGAGAAGUGUUUACUGUGGCUCCGGCGUCCAACGUCACCGAGCUUUCCUCCACGGAGGACAACAAGAGCAAGAUGUUUUUUCGCAACAAAAAGUAUCUCACCGUGUCUACUCAGCUUCAUCUCGAGGCCUUGGCUCAGUCUGUCGGUAAUGUCUGGACCCUUUCUCCCGUUUUCCGCGCCGAAAAGAGCGAUACUGCCCGUCAUCUCAGCGAAUUUUACAUGCUCGAGGCCGAGAUGAACUUUGUCAAUGACCUCGACGAGGUCAUGGACCUUGCAGAGGACAUGAUCCGCAACAUGUGCAUUACCAUGUACGAAUCACCUACAGUCUAUGAGUUUCUUAACCGCGAGGGUCGCGUCGGUUCCGACCUCGUUUCUCCCGAGGAGGUGAAGGCUCGGUGGGAGGGCAUGAUGGCGGAUGAGUGGCCGCGUAUAACGUACACGGAUGCUAUCGAGUUUCUACAAGAGCAUGCCGACGAGUUUGAACAUAAGCCCGUCUGGACUGAAGGCCUGCAUUCGGAGCACGAAAAGUUCAUUGCCGAACACGUUGGAGACGGAAAGCCUGUCUUCGUCACCGACUAUCCUCGCGACAUUAAGGCCUUCUAUAUGCGUGAAGGCCAGUCACUCCCGGAUAUUUCCUCCCCGGGUCCGACGGUUGAGUGUUUCGACUUGUUGGUGCCCGACCUCUGCGAGAUUGCCGGCGGAUCCAUGCGUGAACACCGUCUGGAGCCGUUGUUGGAGGCCAUGAAGCGUCACAACAUCGUUGCUGGAGAGUUCACCAGCUCUAUGGAUGGCAAUGCUCCCGCCGGGGCGAAAACUGGCCCUCUUGAUUGGUAUGUCGACCUUCGCCGUUGGGGCUGCGCUCCACAUGGCGGCUAUGGCAUCGGCUUUGAUCGACUCCUCUGCUACUUGACUGGCGUCCAGACGAUUCGAGACAUGGUUUCUUUCCCUCGCUGGUUUGGCCGAUGUGAUUGUUAAGGAAGAUUCGCCUUUCAGAAGAGGGCAAUGUUCCCGGUGUUUGCUUUAGUGGCGCCUUUGUGCGACGACUUGCACCAGGGCACGCUGCUCGUCAAGGCUUGCCUAGCUUGGAUGCGGGGGAUAACACCUUGGUGACACGAAGCUAUGGGGCGAUUCUUUUCGGACGGGAUCUAGCCCACACCGCUCCAUGAAAUCGCAAAUGCACACGAGGGAGGGCGCGCACCGAUUGUCUCUCUCAUCCAUGAGGGGGCGGCAGAGGCGGCAUCAAAGACACCCCAUACCUCGCGUGAGAGAGAAGUCGGUGUUGACAGAUUGAUCUGGCACCACACCUGAGAACUUUGUGAUACCUUGGGCGCGAUUUACGGCCUUAUCAUGUUUCCCAGAGAGGCCAACCUCAGAUCUGAGCGCGGCUAGGCGCAUUUUAUACCCAUACAGUCAUUUCGAUAUCCGCGACAAACGUCGAUCUGACCGGCUCCAUAGCAGGACCCAAAUCCCAACUCCUCUACCUUUACGUGACUGGCGCGGAUUAAUGAAGUUCCUCCUGACAUUAAGUCCACCGUUUUCGGUUUGUCAGUGCCACUACCUCUGCGUGAGGAGAAUGCGCUCUGGUUUGUCGAUAUCGAGGAAUGGACAAACAAACACACGGUAGAAGGGGCAUCAGCAGGUCAUUCGCAAAAUACAUACAGACAGUUCAGCCAAUGUCCAAGCCAUGAUUGCGCUCAAACAGGUGCUCGAUUUCAACAUCCCGUGAUGUAUCAUCUGGAUGGCGGCGACGGCAAGUCGAGCUACCGCGCCAUCACUACACCAUGGGAUGAAACAUUGAAUACCGUUUCAUGAAGACAACGUGAACUCUGUCAUGGAAGACUCUUGCCAAUCCACUCCUAUUACCGCGGCUGAUUGCCACUCUUAAUAAGCCGCCUUGUUUUCGUUUCGUCCCCAACAUCAAUCUUGAUGGCUUAAGUUUGUACGUCGAAUGGCGGCGACAACAUUCAGUCCGCACAUGGGAAUUUGUCGAUAACCGAUUCGUGUGGAAGUUCCAUUUGACAAUGUUUUGCAUGAUCUCUUCUUGCCCGACCCACGCUGUGCCGUCUGCCUCCCUGGUCUCUAAACGGCCUGUUGAGUGCAGAGCCCAGAUCUACUUACAUCGCGCGAGAAACAUCACUCAUUCCUUUUCUUUUCACCAACGCUACUCAAAAGACAUCAUAAUUUUGAAACGGCUAGGAACGGGGAGCUAAGAGGACAAUGGGGUGCACUUGACGGGACCGACAUUGCUGUCCCCACUUGGUCCUCUUCCAGAUCAAGAAGGCAGGGAAAUGACGAGUGCCACUGGCACUGGAAAUCAAUCAAAAAACGGAAAGUAGGGAAAUCCAUUCGCAUCUUCCCUAAAUGCUCUUAAGUCUGAGCAGAUGAUGAAUUUGAUGGACGACGUUGGUCCUUUCAAGUGGGAGGAACCAAGGUACUUGACGGUCCAGACAGACAGACAGACCUGACCGGAACACGCAAUUCCGGGUCCAUCAAGAUGCCCUCUGUACCUGUCUUGCUCCAUGCCGUCAAUACCCGAGAUGAGAUUGGUGCAGGUUCGCUUUUGCUGAAGGAAGGAACAAUGCCAUUCAGAGUUUUCACUUC